GAAUAAUAAAAAGAGAAAAAAAAAAGUGUUCAGGGCAAGAAAAAAAAAAGGUCUCAGAAUUAAUAUAGGCGGGUGUAACAAUUUUUAAACUCUUUCUCUCUCUCUCUCUUUCUUUUCUCUUUUUUUUUUAUUUUCUCCUUUAAAAAAAAAAAUGAUUGAAUCACCCAUUGCUAAUGACUCUAUUACGAAUAAGCAAGCAACUGGAAAAGCCUCUAUUUACCACACUUGUCGGUCUGUACUGAACGCUUUAACGUUUGUGGAAGGAUUUGAAGUGUUCUUUAGUGAUAGCAACCAAGAUAAUAGUUUGACUUUACCACAUAGUAACGAUCCACUCACAAAGCUAUGGCAUAUCUGCAGACAGGGGAAUAGUCUCUGCUUUCUUUAUAACAUUUUAAAACCAGAACAACCAAUUAUGACCGCCAACAAGAAUAAUAAUUCGGCCGCCAAUAAAUCAAAGGCUUGUGUCUAUCAUUUCAUUAUUGCCUGUAGAGAUCAGUUACUAUUUUCCGAAGAUAGCUUAUUUACAGUAACAGAAUUAUAUCAAAACGACACUAAUGGAUUUGUCAAGGUUGUAAACACAGUAAAGAGGAUAUUGGAUUUGUUGGAAGAAAAAGGCACCAUCUCUGUAAAAUCCAUCAAGGAAAGCGCAUUAACCACAGAUUCACCCAAAGACAUGAGAGACAAUGUUGUAUUUGAGUUACUAUCCACCGAGAGAAAAUACGUACAAGACUUGGAAGGACUCCAGAAUUACAUGAGAGAAGUUCAGGCACAGGAAAUACUUUCACCAGACACAAUGCAUUAUUUAUUUGGAAACUUGAAUGCUCUCGUGGAUUUUCAAAGACGAUUUUUAAUUCAAAUUGAGGACCAAGCAUCGUGUGCUAGUAAAGAUCAACGAUUCGGUAGUUUAUUUGUUCAAUUUGAAGAUGCUUUUUCGGUAUACGAACCUUUUUGUGCCAAUUUUCAGAUUGCUCAAGAUCUUGUUGUACAAGAAUCCCCAAAGUUACAGAAAUUAGCUCAUAUCAUGUCACCCAUGUAUGAACUCCCCUCCAUGUUGAUCAAACCUAUUCAACGUGUCUGCAAAUAUCCAUUAUUGAUCGGACAGCUCGUCAAAUCCACUCCAGAGGAUUGGUACUGGUCGCAUGAGAACAAGCAAGGUUUAGAGGCCAUUCAAAGAGUCACCAAAAAGGUAAACGAAACCAAACGUCUACAAGAAAACACCUUGGUAGUCCAAGACCUGAAAAAACGUAUUGUGGAUGAUGCAGGACCAAUACUGGUAGAGACAUUUGGUGAUUUAUUACUGCAUGAAAAGUUUACUUUACAGAGACAUGAUACGGACCAUAGUAGAGAAAUGGUUGUCUUUUUGUUUCAAAAAGUCAUUUUGGUCUGUAAAGAAAUUAAAGACGUCAAUAAGAAUUCAAUUAGCAUUAAAAAAAAGAGAAAAGAAGGUUCAUUGGUCGUGCGAGGCAAGAUCUUUAUUACUCGUAUUGAGCAUGUAAAAGGUUCAUCCAGCCAAAACGGUCAUUAUACGUUACACAUAUCUUGGACGGAAACGGAUACACAGACCGUGUUAUUAAAGUGCAGGAAUGAUGAGCAAUUAAGACAAUGGCUGAGUGUGAUUAUUGAAGUGAAAGAAUCUGCAACCAAGAUAGAUUUGAUAUCUACUCCUCAAACUCCUCGCAUGGACAAUAAUAACCCCUUAUUACACUAUGAUGAAGAUGAAGAAGAUUGUUUCGACGAUCAUGAGGAAGAAGGAGAUGAAUAUUCACGCAAGAGUUAUCACAUGUACAGAGGCAACGAAGUCUCUAGUCGAAAAGCAUCCUUAUCAUCUCAAUCAUCCUCUUCUACCACUGCACGUCAUUUCAUGAAUGGUGUACCCGGCAUGACUUUGCCACCUUUACCAAGAUCUCCUACUAGCAUACCAGCAUUAUCCAACGCAAGUGUCUCUACCUUUCAUAGCACUGAUACCACACUUUAUUCCCCAUCCUAUCCAUCCUCACCACCAGGCAGUCAUCCAUCCUCCCCCACUCGUCCUAAUCACGGCAUUCAGCCAUCAGGAGAACUUUGGCAAAGAAGACAAGGAGAAAAAGAAGAGAAAAAGAUUCAUCAUGUACGAGCAAGAUCACAAAGCAGUCCCAAUAUACAAAGACCUAUACCACCCGCUCAUGGCACAGCUCCUGAUUUACCCACCAAUAGCACAUAUAAACGCAAGAGUAACGGCUACAGAUAUGAAGUCACUGCACCUCCUACACCUUCACCGUUACCUGGAGAGAUCACCAAAGUUAAGGUUCAUUACUUUGGUGCCAUCUAUGUCGUUGUGGUACCUACUGAUAUUGAAUACGAUGAUUUACAGAGACGCAUCGAGAGUAAAAUCAAGCUGUGCGGACAAGAGUUUGAGACUUCAAUAUUAGGGUUAAAGUAUGAAGAUGAGGAUGGUGAUUUAAUCACUAUUAGUUCAAGUGAGGAUGUUCAGAUGGGCUUUGAAAAUAAGGGUCCUAACAACGCUGUCAAUCUUUAUGUCACCUCAUAAAAAAAUCCAAAAUUAUCAUCACACACAAAAAGAAGAAAUAAUUUGUAAAUAUUAAUAAAAUCCACCCGCCCCUCAUAAUCAUUCACCCAUUUUCUUUCAUAAAUACAUGCACACACACAUAAAAUGCUCCCCAUUCAUACUGUAUAUAUGCUGC